AUGGCAACUUUGUUCCGUAAUAGUCACACACAGCCAUCGGGACUUCAACAAGCUAUUGAGAAAGCUACUGAUGGAAGCCAAUCAAGUGAAGAUUGGGCUUUGAUUAUGAAAAUUUGUGAUUACGUCGGAACUCGUGAAGAAAGUGCAAAAGAAGCAUUGAAAAUUAUUCGAAAACGUUUACAUCUGAAUCCAAAUCAACAUGGAUGGCGUACUAUUGGAUAUACACUUACGUUAUUAGAAGCAUUAACGAAAAAUUGCGGAAAAAUAGUUCAUCUUCAACUUGCACAUAAAGAUUUUUUAAAAGAACUUAAAGGUGUAAUUGGACCAAAAAACAAUCCACCUGUAGCUGUACAGGAAAGAGUUCUUAACUUGAUCCAAACGUGGGCAUUAGCUUUUCGCAAUGAUCCAGAUUUAAAAACUGUCGAACAUUUUUAUCAAGAAUGUAAACAACAUGGUUUACAAUUUCCACCAGCAGAACCAGAAAAUGUUAUUAAAACAGCUUUAACACCUACACGAACGGUUGAUCGACCUCUACAAAGUACACGAUCUAUGCCGCCUGCUCAAGGAUAUAGUGAACAAAAUCGAAAAGCAGCAGAUGGAGUGUCACAUUCUAUUGCUCCUAAUCAAACAGCUGUACAGGCAAUGUCAGCAGAAUAUCUAGGGAAAUUGCGCAGCGAAUUAGAUGUUGUACAAACUAAUGCGCAAGUAUUUGGUGAAAUGCUUGUUACAUUACAACCAGGUGAAGAAAAUCCACAAGAUUUUGAACUACUAAUGGAAUUACAUAAUACAUGCAAACAAAUGCAAGCUCGCGUUAUCGAUUUACUCGCACAAAUCUCCAUUGAUGAUAUAACAGUUGACCUUUUACGAUAUAAUGAUGAAUUUAACAAUGCAUUUAAAACAUUUGAAAAGUACAUGCAAGAACGUAAUCGACGUUUUGCUGUACCCUCAUCACUUCGGUCGACAAAUUCAAUGCCACCGUUAUCGAACAAUAGGACGGUACCAUUACCACGAAACGCAGAUGAUGAACCAGCAUUGAUUAGAUUCGAUGACGAUCCAACAACUAGUUUUCAAAAUAUGCGAAUAGCUCCAACAGCAUCUAAUGUAGUACCAAGAAAUGUCCAACCACAAUCAACUGCAUCGGCAAGACCUCAUUCCACUGCAAGUUAUCACGAUCCUGAAAAUGAUGUAAAAGAAAUCGAACAAUGGUUAAAAGUCCAAGGCGAUGAUCCAGAUAAUGAUGAGUCACCUCAUCAAGAAAGUGAAACAAGCAGUGCAUUUGAUAAUUUUUUACAAAAACGUGCAUCCACCAUUCCGGAUGAAAAGACAUACCAACGGCCAAUGCAAUUUAAUAAUUUACAGGAGCCUCCGAAACAAAUUCCAAAAUCAAAUACUUAUUUGUAA